AUGCUGCAGCUGAGCCUGUCCUGGCUGGGCCUGGGGCUGGUAACAGCCUCCCCAUGGUUGCUGCUGCUGCUGGUCGGGGCCUUCUGGUUCCUGGCCCGCCUCCUGGCCUGGACCUAUGCCUUCUAUGACAACUGCCGCCGCCUCCGCUGUUUCCCACAGCCCCCGAUGCGGAACUGGUUCUUGGGCCACAGGAGCCUGGUCUUCACCACAGAAGAGGGACUGAGGGAAAUGACUCAGCUUGUGGCCACCUACCCCCAGGGCUUUAAGAGGUGGCUCGGACCCACUUUACCCAUCAUCACUUUGUGCCACCCUGACUUCGUACGGUCUGUCCUCAAUGUCUCAGCCACCACCACGCACAAGGAAACGACUGUCUGCAGGUUCCUGAAACCCUGGCUGGGGGAUGGGCUCCUGCUGAGUAGGGGUGACAAGUGGAGACACCACCGUCAGAUGCUGACACCUGCUUUUCAUUUCAACAUCCUGAAGCCCUAUGUGAAGAUUUUCAACAAGAGCGUGAACAUCAUGCAUGCCAAGUGGCAGCGCCUGAUCUCAGAGGGCAGUACCCGUCUGGACAUGUUUGAGCACAUCAGCCUCAUGACCUUGGACAGUCUGCAGAAAUGCAUCUUCAGCUUUGACAGCAAUUGUCAGGAGAGUCCCAGUGAAUAUAUUGCUGCCAUCUUGGAGCUCAAUACCCUUGUAAUAAAACGAUACUAUCAGGUGUUCCUGUACAUGGACUUCCUUUACUACCUCACUCCUGAUGGGAGGCGCUUCUGCAGGGCUUGUGACCUGGUGCAUGACUUCACAGAUGCUGUCAUCCAGGAACGCCGCCGCACCCUUGCCACCCAGGGUAUUGACGACUUCCUCAAGAGCAAGACCAAAUCCAAGUCUUUGGAUUUCAUUGAUGUGCUUCUGCUAAGCAAGGAUGAAAAUGGGAAGGAGUUGUCGGAUGAGGACAUACGAGCAGAGGCUGAUACCUUCAUGUUUGGGGGUCAUGACACCACAGCCAGUGGCCUAUCCUGGGUCCUGUACAAUCUUGCAAGUCACCAGGAAUACCAGGAGCGCUGCCGGAAGGAAGUGCAAGAGCUUCUCAGGGACCGUGAGCCUAAGGAGAUUGGAUGGGAGGACCUGGCCCAGCUGCCAUUCCUGACCAUGUGCAUCAAGGAAAGUCUGAGGCUGCAUCCCCCAGCCCCGUUCCUCUCUCGUGAAUGUGUCAAGGACGUUGUGCUCCCAGAUGGCCGAGUCAUUCCCAAAGGGAACAUCUGUUCCAUCAACAUCUUUGGGAUUCAUCACAACCCGUCAGUCUGGCCGGAUCCAGAGGUCUAUGACCCCUUCCGCUUUGAUCCAGAAAACACUCAGAAGAGGUCACCUCUGGCUUUUAUUCCCUUCUCGGUAGGACCCAGAAAUUGCAUCGGGCAGGCCUUCGCCAUGGCCGAGAUGAAGGUGGUCCUGGCGCUCACGCUGCUGCGCUUUUGCUUCCUGCCGGACAACACCGAGCCGCGCAGGCAGCCGAACCUGAUUCUGCGCACGGAGCACGGCCUGUGGCUGCGGGUGAAGGCUCUAGAGACCUGCCCUCAGUAA